AUGACAACAAACAACCUUAUAGAAAAGGGACAAAGCUUCCUUGCUUAUUCUGCUACUCUUAUACUCAGCCAACUUCAACUCUUACGUUCUUCAACCGAUAAACGCCAACAAACCGCCAUCACAGCUGCUGCUACCAUAGUUGGUACAUGGACAUUGUAUCGCUUGUUGUUUUCGAAACGAAGACGUCAAAUCGAAAACAUCGUGCCCCUUGCAUCCGGCAGCCUUCCUAUCCUUGGUCAUGCACUAGCCAUCAAUCGCGACCCACAAAAGUUCCUUGCUGAAUGCCGUGAGAAAUAUGGAACCGCCUUUCGUCUCAACCUUGCAGGCCGAGAGACCUUUGUGUUGACAGGUCGUUUGAUUCCCGAGCUUUUGUUUGCAUCACGCAAGCAAUUCAGCUUCACUGAAGGUGUCGAAGUUGUUGUUCCCACCCAACGAGUACUUCAUUUGUCUUAUGAUCACAAGCAUAAAGAAGAAGAAAUCAGCCCUCGUGACAAGCACCCAAUUGUCUUCCCUGUCAAACAAAAUUUCAAACCAGAGCAAAUCAGCGUGUUUUCUGAACGUAUCCAAAAGGCGUUUUUGGGCAUGUUGGAUGAAAAGCUAGCACUCAAACCUGGUGAAAAGCGUACUUUGGCAACAUGGGACUUUUUAUCAGAGGCCAUUUCACGCAUCUCGUGCUUGUGCUUUGCGGGUAGCCGUGUUGGCACGAACAAGGAUCUUGUACUUGCAAUGGCUUCUUUUACACAAAACAUCAUCAAGGCUGGUAUGUUGUUAACGAUCCUUCCUGAUGCCAUUGCCGAUACGGUGGUGCGACGCAUGUUUUCGGUGGAGCAGCAAUUGGAUCUUUUGAUGGAGCUUAUUGUACCAGAGCUUGAAAAGAUUGCAUCUGGUGAGCUUCCAGACGACGAGCCAACCUUUGUAUCCAUGGUGCUUAAACUACCCAAGGCGGAUGGUAGUUAUCGAUCACCACGUGAUGCUGCAUUCUAUUUCAAGGAGAUUGCACUUGCAAGUAUUCAUACCACCUCUCACUUUACCACGUUUGCCUUGCAUGAAUUGGCGUGCCGACCCCAAUUGGUAGCUGAAUUGCGCGAGAUGAUUAGCAAAGUGGGCCCCGAACGUACACCUGAAAAUGUCAGCGAAAUCCCAUUACUCGACUCGUUCUUGCGUGAAGUAUUACGCCACGACAUUGAUUACUUGGGCUUGCAUCACAAGGCAUUGAAGGAUGUGGUCUUGUCUACAGGCCAAGUGAUUCCUGAAGGUAGUCUCGUUGUAGCUGCUCUUGAAGAUGCCCAUGUAUAUCCUAUGGAUCCCCCACCAGCUGGUAUGAAGCCUCUCAAUGAGUUUGAUCCUUACCGUUUCCUCAACAUGAAAGAAGACAAGUGGAGCUCUACUAUCGGCAAUGAUCUCAUUUCAUUUGGUCUUGGUGGACAUGCUUGCCCUGGUCGAUACUUUGCUGUCAAUGAAAUCAAGUAUGUGCUUGCCGAACUCAUUAUGCGAUACAACGUAUCUACUGCAUCUGGCAAACGCGCAAAGGAUUUCCCUGUUAUGGGAAUGGUCAAGUUCCCUCCUCGUGAGCCACUCAUUUUUGAAGGCAUCUAA